UGACCCUAUGAUUAAGCUUUAAGAGAAAGCGGAAUGUGGAGACUGAAGUGGUAACAGUCCGCAGCCUGCCUGAGUGGAGACAGCGCUGUGGGAAUCAGGGCAGAGCUCGGUGCUGUGGCGGGAGGUCCAGGCUGGGCGUGGGGUGGCAGGGACACCGGCGCACCUUGCUACCCACCCCUCUCCAUAGGACAGGGAAGAGCCCGCCACCUCCGCCGGGAGCCUGAGGCGGGCGGGGCGCAGGCGGGCACCGGAGGAACUUCGGGCAGCGGGCAGCGCGGCCUCGGUCGGGGCGCAGCGCCCGCUCCGCCUGGCUGAGUCCAGACUACAGCUCCCGGGGUGCACCGCGCCGCGCCCCGCCCCACCCCCGCCUUCGAGCAGACCGCUGGACCGCUGCGGCUGAGCCUGGAGCCGAGCGUGGUGGGGCGGGAGCCGGGCGGGCGAAAGCAGGUCUCGGCCUCCCCUCAGGCGGCCAGGAUCCUGCUGCGCCCCGAGGGCGCCCCGACCGCGCCCCUCGAGUCUCCCAGGCCGCCCCCCUCUCCCGACCUCCUUCCACCUCCGGGCCCAGCCCCGCCGCGCUCUGCGCUCUCUGGGCCCAGCCCAUCUCGGCGCCCUUCUGCCCUAGGGAGAUGCGAUGAGCCAGUGCCUCCGCGUCCUCCUCGCCGCCCCGGGCACGGCGCCCGCCCAGUGCCCGUGCUGGGGAAGGAGCACCCCGGAGUCCGUCCGUGACGCCCCUCCCGUGGCGCCCCCCUCAGCUGGAGUCCUCGGGCAGUGCCCCCGGAGACCCACCCAGGGGGUGGGCUCUAGAGCAAGCUGGGUGGGGAGGAGAGAGGACGGGGCCUCGGGCGCCUCUGAGAUGCUCCCGAGCGCCAGCGGGUGCCGAGUGAGGGGCAGGCAUGAUGCCCUCGCCUAGCGACUCCAUCCGUUCGCUGACCAGCCGGCCCAGCACCCGGGGCCUCACCCACCUCCGCCUCCACCGACCCUGGCUGCAGGCCCUGCUCACGCUGGGGCUGGCCCAGGUGCUCCUGGGCAUCCUGGUGGUAACCUUCAGCAUGGUGGCCUCCUCCGUCACCACCACCGAGAGCAUCAAGAGGUCCUGCCCGUCUUGGGCCGGGUUCUCGCUGGCGUUCUCCGGGGUAGUUGGCAUUGUCUCCUGGAAGCGGCCGUUCACUCUAGUGAUCUCUUUCUUCUCCUUGCUCUCGGUGCUCUGUGUCAUGCUCAGCAUGGCUGGCUCUGUCCUCUCCUGUAAGAACGCUCAGCUGGCCCGGGACUUCCGACAGUGCACUAUGGAGGGAAAGGCCUGUGUGUGCUGCCCCCCUGUUCCCCUCCCGCGGCCCUGUCCAGAGCCAGGGCGGGAGCUCAAGAUUGCCCCUAACUCUACCUGUGAUGAAGCCCGAGGCGCCCUCAAGAACCUGCUCUUCAGUGUCUGUGGACUCACCGUUUGUGCCGCCGUAAUCUGUACCCUGUCUGCUAUUGUCUGCUGCAUCCAGAUCUUCUCUCUGGACCUGGUGCAUACGCUGGUCCCCGAGCGCUCCGUCUCAGGACCGCUGGGGCUGCCUAGCUGUGCGGCCUCCCCUCCGGCCCCUCUCCUGCACACCAUGCUGGAUUUGGAGGAAUUUGUCCCGCCAGUGCCUCCGCCGCCCUACUACCCCCCAGAGUAUACCUGCAGCUCCGAGACAGAUGCGCAGAGCAUCACAUACAAUGGCUCCAUGGACAGCCCUGUGCCCUUGUAUCCUACUGACUGCCCUCCUUCUUAUGAAGCUGUCAUGGGCCUGCGAGGAGACAGCCAGGCCACUCUGUUUGACCCUCAGCUGCACGACGGCGCCUGCAUGUGCGAGCGAGUGGCCUCCAUUGUGGACGUGUCCAUGGACAGCGGGUCCCUGGUGCUGUCGGCCAUCGGCGACCUCCCGGGGGGCUCCAGCCCGUCCGAGGACUCGUGCCUGCUGGAGCUGCAGGGCUCCGUGCGCUCGGUCGACUACGUGCUCUUCCGCUCCAUCCAGCGCAGCCGCGCCGGCUACUGCCUCAGCCUGGACUGCGGCCUGCGCGGCCCCUUCGAAGACAGCCCCCUGCCCCGGCGGCCGGCUCGUGCCGCGCGCUCCCAGUCCUGCUCGGCGCCCGAGGCCCCGCCCGCGCCCGGCGCCCCCGCGGCCCUCACCCCGCCUGGGCCCCGGCCCCCGGCCCCGCCGCCGCUGCCGCGCUCGCACAGUGACCCGGGCAUCGCCACCUCCAGCGACACCGCUGACUUCAGGGACCUUUAUACCAAAGUGCUUGAGGAAGAAGCUGCCUCCGUUUCCUCUGCAGACACAGGGCUGUGCUCUGAAGCCUGCCUCUUCCGCCUGGCCCGCUGCCCGUCCCCCAAGUUGCUCCGCGCCCGCUCAGCUGAGAAACGGCGCCCCGCGCCCACCUUCCACAAGGUCCCCUUGCCCUUGGGCCCUGCGCCUGCCCACUCUCUGGGGGACCUGAAAGGAAGCUGGCCAGGCCGGGGCCUGGUCGCUCGUUUCCUCCAGAUCUCCAAGAAGUCGCCAGAUCCCACUGGGCCCGGAGCCCAUGGACACAAGCAGGUGCCCCGGAGCCCCUGGGGCCGGCCAGGCCGAGAGAGCCUCCACCUCCGCAGCUGUGGCGACCUGAGCUCUGGCUCCUCCCUGCGGCGCCUGCUGUCCAGCCGCCGGCUGGAGCCCACAGCUCGGCCCCACAGCCUCACCCUGGGCCUCGGUGGUGGCAGCCGGGAGACUGGGCUCUGACCUGACCGGGCCUCUGUCACACUGAGCAGCCCCAUGGGAGGGCGGGCUGCAGGCGCCAGCGCCUCCUCGCACACAGAGAAACCUGCUGCUGCGUACCUCCAAAGUGCCCCUUUCCCUCCUACCUGUGGGGCCUCUGCCGCUUUCUGCCCCUCUGGACUAGGGCAGCUUCCGUCCUGUGCUCACGGGAGGGAGUUCAGGCCACAGGGGUGACAGCCCCACAGCUGGGAGGCGGAGCAGCAACAGACUCCCCCAGUUUGCGCGUGGCCUUGUGGUUCUCAGGAGCACCUGGACAGGGAAGGGCAUGUCCGGGCGUUUAAGUCCAGGCGCCUUUGCACUGUGCAGUGAGGUGGUGAGGCAGGCAUGGAGAGUCAGAGAAAUCGGGUGGCCUCUCGGCUCUGCCACCUCUACCUGCAUGACCUUGGACAAGUUAUUUAACCUCAUUUGCCUGAUCAGUAAAACAUUGUGAAGAUGAAUGUUUGUAAAGCUCUUAACAUAUUAAGUAAGUCUUCAAUAAAUUUCAAUUUUCCCCUUCUUUCCUGA